AUGGCGGAGGUUGACGGUCCCACGCAGCUGCUGGAGGUGUGCGGGAAGAGGCUCUGCCGCUUCCUCCACGAUGCCGAGCACAAACACUUGGCCUGGCUGCGGGAGGUGGAGGAGCAGGGCAUGAGGAUGCUAGAUAGCAACUUCGGGGCUGAACCCGAAUUAAUGCCCAAAACGCCAUCACAGAGGAGGCGUCCCAAGAAAAGGCAGUCCUCCUGCCUGAAAGAUGAAACCAAGGAGCUAAACAGGAGGAGGUUGUCCAGAAGGAGAAGCAACAUCAAGCCAAGUUCCCAAAGGCACCACAGCAAAGAGCAAACCCAGCACCCUGACCAUCAGGGGGAGGAGGUAUCUGUGUUCGACUGUGCUGUGGGGUCUCAGGCCAGCGCUAAAGCCGAGCUCCCAGUGCUGACUGGGAAAUGGAUGGCUGAAGGCCCUGUGGUGAAGAGGGAGGGCCAGGACUGCCCUCAGGGCCCCAACAGCAGCAAUGCAGCCUGCAGGUCUGUUCUGGAGGAGCAGUUGCCCGAGGGGGAUGCAGCCGCUGAGCUGCAGGAUGCAUCUUCUGUGUCUGCAGUCCCUGCUGGCCAGACAGCGAGGGAAGGGGAGGAGACCCUCGGAAGAAGUGCAAGUACCUCUACUCCCAAGGCUGCUAGAAAUGGAGAUCCUGCUGCGCUCCAAGGGGAUAAGUGUCCUCCAGGCCUCGAAAAGUUGCUCUUCCAGGACUCUGACAGCAAAAUGACUACAGCGAAAUCCAAGGCGCGCCGUUGCUCUGGACGCCAUGGUGGUGCCCCACGCAAGAGCCGUAGGGCCUCCUUGGCUGAAAAAUACUCACUGGCCAGCAAAAGAGAGAGCAUGAUCCGGAGGUCUAUCAGCAGGGCCAUCUCAAAGAAGGCAGCAGCCCGAGAAUUGUCCUCUGCCUCCAGCAGAAUGAGCCGUCAAAGCUCCUUGGAGAUUUUUGUGGAAGAAGAGGUGACCAGCAGCAUGAGACCUGGACUGGAACUGAAUCCCCCAAGUGAAAAGACUCCUGAAGAUGUCCUCAUUUCAAGCAAAAAUAUACAAGCUGCCAGCCCUCCUGCACAGCACUUAUCUCCUCCCAAGCUGCAGGCAGGGAACAGUGAAGGAAGCUGUGUAAAUCUAAACAGCAAAUGCCAGAAUGAGAACCAGGAGCAACGCCCCUGUGCCAAGUCCCAGGAGAAUCUCUCGUGCAUCUGGACGAGAAGCUAUAAAAAAGCGAUGGAUUCUGUAUGGAACAGGCAGCAGCCAGGGGGUCAUACCCUUUCCCCUUUGGAUGACAAGCACAAGAAUUCAGCAAACCAGGCUCUAUCUUCUUCCUCCCCAGCCAGCAAGGUUGUUAAACCAUUGAAAAACUUCCUGCAGGCUGUGCAGCGAAACCAGCUGCUCAUGAGCCCAGGGCCCACAGGACGUGGGGGGGUCAUAAAGAACUUCAUUAAACGCAGUACUCCUACCCGACCUGAUGUUAAGGAGAAGGAGCGACAGAGACUGGAGAGCCUAAGGAAGAAGCAGGAGGCUGAGGAACAGAGGAGAAAGAAAGUGGAGGAGGAAAAGAAACGGCGGCAAGCAGAAAUGAAGCAGUGACGUAUGAGGAAGGCACUGCAGGCUCGGGAGCGGGUGGAACAAAUGGAAGAAGAGAAGAAAAAACGGAUGGAGCAGAAGAUUUUACAGAGUGAUGAAAAGGUGCGCCUCUCGCAAGUGCGGGAAGAGAAAGUGGCAGAGGAACGGAGCAAGAAAAAACUGUCCAAGAAACAUGGAGAAGCUGAUGCACAGAAGCAGAAAGCACUGAAGGUGGAGGAAGAUGAAUUUGAGCAGCAAGAACCACUGCAGAAGAGGAGAGAGGAUGAAGUAAAAGAAAGAGGAAAGAGAGUCUUGGAACUGAAAAAUCUUAUGGAGCAUCAACAGGUGGAACAAGUGAAGGAGAGGGCUUACAAACAGCGUGGGAAAGAGAAAGACACCCAACCACGGCUGGACUUGGCAGCACUUACUGAGAAAAGCAUAAAGAAGGAAGAGAGCCCAAAAGUGUUGCACCAGCUGCCUGGGCAGGAGAAGAGAGACAAGCAACCAGAAUCCAUUGCCAUGGCUUCUAAUAUCUGGCUCAAAGCAGUAAAGAAGGAAGAUGGUCUGCAGGAGCCCCAGCAGCAGCUGAGAGAGGAGAGAAAAAUCAAGCAGCCAGAAGCACUGACUGCUGCCUCUGGCACAUGGCUCAGCAAAACUGUAAAGAAAUCUGUCUCCACAUCUUGCUUGGGACCCCUGAAGGGUGCAAAGGAGUCCAGAUCCCCAAAGGUAAAUGAAAAUAACUACGGGAUGGAUCUGAACACUGAUGACUCCACGGAUGAUGAGAACGAACCUCGGAAGCCUGUCCCUGCCUGGGCUGAUGGGUCUCAGCUCAAUCAAGCUAUUAUACACCAAUACUAUCAUCCAAUGGAUAUUGACCAAAUCUUUGGACAAAUUCCAAGCCCAAAGCUGGAAGAUAUUUUUGGCAAGAGCAAGCCUCGCUACUACAAGCGCACAAGCUCAGCAGUCUGGCAUUCCCCACCUGGGACCAAACCUACCCGCUGCUCAUCUUGCAACUUCAACAACUGA